AUGAGUAUAUUGAGUUGGAAUUGCCGGGGGCUUGGGAACCCUUGGACAGUUUCGAAGCUUCACCAUUUGGUGAAGGAAAAGAAACCCACGAUAGUUUUAUUAAUGGAAACUAAAUUACGUGCUGACCGCUUGGAAAUGGUGAGAAUUCAUUUGGGAUAUGAUUAUAUGGUUGUGGUAGAUUGUGUGGGAAGGAGCGGAGUUUUGGCAUUGCUUUGGUUGGCCGAUAUGGGGAUUGAAAUUCAAAACUAUAGCCGAUGGCACAUUAAUGCAAAAGUUUGUCCUUCCUCAGCCGACUCGCCAUGGAAGUUUACCGGUUUUUAUGGUCAUCUGGAUCCUAGUAAGCGAGUGGAGUCAUGGAGUUUGUUGCGAUACAUUGCUAGGAUGGAACCGGGCCCUUGGAUGUGCAUCGGUGAUUUCAAUGAGAUUAUAUGCCUUGAUGAAAAAUUUGGUGGGAGUGGACGUCAAAGAAGUCUAAUGGAAGCUUUCCAACGGGUGUUGGAGGAUUGUGAACUCUUAGAUUUGGGAUAUAGGGGCCCGAAAUACACAUGGAGUAACUGUAGAGAGGCUGAGGAUUUUAUGAAGGAGAGACUUGAUCGAGCGGUUGCUAAUCGGGGAUGGUGUGACAGUUUUCAUGAUGCAAAAAUAGUGAUUGGGGCUGCUGUAUGGUCAGACCAUUUUCCUCUCCUUUUGACAUUAAACAAUUCUGGGGGUAGGCAUAAGGGUCGGCACACAUUCAAAUAUGAGGCUGGGUGGGAGCUUGAUGGCAGCUGCCGAACUUUGAUCCAAAAGACAUAG